AUGAGGUUUGAACACCUGAUUACCGCAGAGGAACAGCACCGUCUUUGGUUCCAGUGGGACCAGCUGUUAGCUGCAAAGCCUGCGCACCUCCUUAAGUGUGACAAGAAUCGCUCGGCAUCUGAGGCAUGGCACCUUGGUGUCUGGGAGAUCACAGGUAAAAAGCCUCGAUUGACUUCGGAGACUGCAUCUCAAAUGCCAGAGGCUAUCGAGGCUAUAGACGUGUUACUUCGUUUCAUCAAGACAUACAUUGCCCCUAAAAUCAGUGGUGUUUUUCAAGAGCACACCCCAGCACAAUGGGAAGCGCUCUGUAGAGCGCACAAUCGCGUACUCAAUGAGCUCGGAAGUCAGUUCAAUUGGUGUCCCAACCUUGAUAUGGGUGGAGCAUUUUUCACUGUUGCUGCCAAAGAAGCUGGCUCAGGGAUCACACAUCUCGACUGGAAUGACGAUCGGGCCAUAUUUGCUUUCGUAUUUGCCGUGGGAGAUUGGGAAGGGAAUGAAUUUUGCGCACUGCAACUGGGUAUAAAAAUACCCAUUCGCCCCGGCCAGGUGCUGGCAGUCCUCGCUCAUGUGCUGGCCCACUUCAGCGCACCUGUCACAAAGGGCCGCAGAAUUGUCUUUACAUGUUUUACAGACAAGUUACUUUUUCAUCAUAGUGACCCAGCCAUUGUGAUGUUCUAG